GGAAUCGCAGCAGUCUGGGGCCAGGGCAGGGGGCCAGAGGGCCGCCCUGUGUGUUGGGGUAACAUAAGCUGCUGCUAUUCAGGAGGUGGCCUGUGUAAGAAAAUCUGACCACAGCGGGUGCAUGACUUCAGCUAAAAUUAACCUUCGAGGCUUCACACGCCUCCACAGUGCUUUGAACUAGACACCCCCAGAGAGGGCACAGGGCCACUGACUGCUGAGGACCACGCUGCCGCCUGCCCACCAUGCGUAUAAGCAUCAACGUAUGGGUUCCCACGCGGGGUCAGGUCGGGAUUCCUGGACCAUUACAAAGUGGUGGACUUUAAAGCGUGUACAUGACUUGUCAGGAUUCUGCUACAGUAAGAGGUUGGAGCCAGGAUUUGACUCCAGACUAACUUCACACUCUAUAUACAUUUUCCGCUUGUCACUCACCUGCAACUUAAGGAAGCUUAUGGUUUAUAGAAUAACUUCAGCACAGAAUGUCUGCUCACCUCAUCAAAUGCUUUGGGAGUGUAAACAUUUUGUAAUCCAUCUUCUCGAGAUCUAUACAGACUGGGCCAAUCAUUAUCUCGCCAAAUCUGGCCACAAACGUCUCAUCAAAGACCUCCAGCAAGAUGUGACCGAUGGUGUGCUCCUGGCCCAGAUCAUCCAGGUUGUGGCAAAUGAAAAGAUUGAAGACAUCAAUGGCUGUCCAAAGAACAGAUCGCAAAUGAUUGAAAACAUAGAUGCCUGCUUGAAUUUCCUGGCCGCUAAGGGAAUAAACAUCCAGGGGCUGUCUGCAGAAGAAAUCAGGAAUGGAAACCUCAAGGCCAUUCUAGGCCUUUUCUUCAGUCUCUCCCGAUACAAGCAACAGCAACAGCAGCAGCCCCAGAAGCAGCACCUCUCGUCCCCUCUGCCGCCUGCUGGGUCUCAGGUGGCCGGGACACCUUCUCAGUGCCAGGCUGGCACUCCUCAGCAACAGGUGCCAGCCACUCCCCAAGCUCUGUGCCAGCCCCACCAGCCAGCGCCACAUCAGCAGGCAAAAGCACAAGCUGAAAUGCAGUCCAGUGCACCAUCCAAGGACUCAUCUCAAUGCAAAAUCAUCCGCUUCACUCUGGGUCAGAAAAAGAUCUCUAGACUUCCAGGUCCUACCACGAGGGUAUCCGCUGCAGGCAGCGAGGCCAAAACGCGUGGAGGGUCAGCUGCUGCUAACAACCGACGGAGCCAAAGCUUUAACAACUAUGACAAGUCCAAACCAGUCACCUCCCCGCCCCCACAACCAAGUAGCCAUGAAAAAGAGCCAUUGGCAAACUCAGCCUCUUCCCACCCCGGAAUGAGCGAAAAUGUACCUGCUUCCUUGGAGAGUAGCAGCCUCUGCAGUCCCGCUAAUUGCAGCACCUCCUCGGCCAUCCCGCAGCCUGGCGUGGCCUCCAAGCCCUGGCGCAGCAAGUCCCUCAGUGUGAAACACAGUGCCACAUCAUCCAUGCUAUCAGUCAAGCCUCCUGGGCCCGAGAUCCCCAGGCCCACACCUGAAGCCAUGAAGCCAGCCCCCAACAAUCAGAAGUCCAUGCUAGAAAAGCUGAAACUUUUCAACAGUAAGGGGGGUUCCAAGGCAGGUGAGGGCCCAGCAUCCCGGGACACAAGCUGUGAGCGACUGGAGAUCCUGCCCAGCUUUGAAGAGAGCGAAGAGCUGGAAGUCGCUGGCCGUGCACUCUCCACUCCGGGACCUGCAUCCAGCAGCCCCAAGAUUGCGCUCAAGGGCAUCGCCCAGCGGACUUUCAGCCGGGCACUGACCAACAAGAAGAGUUCUCCGAAAGGCAAUGAGAAAGAGAAGGAGAAACAGCAGCGGGAGAAGGAGAAGGAGAAAGGCAAGGACCUCACCAAGAGAGCAUCGGUGACUGAGAGGCCGGACCUCAAGGAGGAGCCUAAGGAAGAGCUCAGUGGAGUGACUGUGAUUGAGAUGCCAAAAAAGUCCUCCAAGAUUGCCAGCUUCAUCCCCAAAGGGGGGAAGCUCAACAGUGCCAAGAAGGAGACCACAGCCCCUUCCCAUAGUGGAAUACCAAAACCAGGAAUGAAGAGCAUGCCCACAAAGUCCCCAAGUGCCCCCACACCUUCCAAGGAAGGAGAGCGGAGCCGGAGUGGGAAGCCAAGCUCAGGGCUCCCCCCACAGAAGCCCCAGCUGGACGGCAGACACUCCAGCUCCUCUUCCAGCCUGGCAUCCUCUGAAGGAAAAGGGCCAGGAGGAACCACCCUGAACCACAGCAUCAGCAGCCAGACCGUCAGUGGGUCCGUCGGGACCACCCAGACCACAGGAAGCAAUACCGCCAGUGUUCAGCUACCUCAGCCACAGCAGCAAUACAGCCACCCCAACACUGCCACGGUCGCACCUUUCCUGUACAGGUCCCAGACGGACACCGAAGGGAAUGUCACUGCCGAGUCCAGCUCAGCAGGUGUGAGCAUGGAGCCCAGCCACUACACCAAGAGUGGACAGCCUGCUUUGGAGGAACUCACAGGGGAAGAUCCGGAGACUCGGAGACUACGUACUGUGAAGAACAUUGCUGAUCUGCGGCAGAAUUUGGAGGAGACCAUGUCCAGUUUACGGGGAACUCAGGUUACUCACAGCACAUUGGAAACCACAUUUGACACCAAUGUCACCACGGAGAUAAGUGGCCGUAGCAUCCUCAGCCUGACAGGGAGGCCUACUCCUCUGUCCUGGAGACUUGGCCAGUCCAGCCCUCGGCUCCAGGCAGGAGACGCCCCCUCAAUGGGCAGUGGGUACCCACCUCGAGCCAAUGCCAGCCGGUUUAUCAGCUCCGAGUCAGGCCGCUAUGUGUACUCCGCCCCCCUGAGGAGGCAGCUGGCUUCCAGGGGCAGCAGUGUCUGCCACGUGGAUGUUGCAGACAAGGCAGGAGAUGAGGUGGAGCUGGAAGGCAUCAGCAUGGACGCCCCUGGCUACAUGAGCGAUGGGGAUGUUCUGAGCAAGAACAUCAGGACUGAUGACAUUACAAGCGGCUAUAUGACUGAUGGUGGACUCGGCCUUUACACCCGUCGCCUGAACCGACUCCCUGAUGGGAUGGCUGUGGUGCGGGAGACCCUGCAACGAAAUACCUCCCUAGGCCUUGGAGAUGCUGACAGCUGGGAUGAUAGCAGCUCCGUCAGCAGUGGCAUCAGUGACACCAUAGACAACCUCAGUACGGAUGACAUCAACACCAGCUCCUCCAUCAGCUCCUAUGCCAACACACCUGCCUCUUCCCGAAAAAACCUGGAUGUGCAGACAGAUGCCGAGAAACACUCACAGGUGGAAAGGAAUUCCCUGUGGUCUGGUGAUGACAUCAAGAGAUCAGAUGGAGGGUCAGACAGCGGCAUAAAGAUGGAGCCCGGAUCCAAGUGGAGGCGGAAUCCUUCUGACGUGUCUGAUGAGUCUGACAAAAGCACAUCGGGCAAGAAGAAUCCUGUCAUCUCCCAGACAGGCUCGUGGCGGCGAGGCAUGACAGCCCAGGUGGGCAUCACAAUGCCAAGGACAAAGCCAUCUGCUCCGGCAGGCACACUGAAGACCCCAGGAACUGGAAAAACAGAUGAUGCCAAGGUGUCUGAGAAGGGAAGGCUUUCACCCAAAGCCUCCCAGGUGAAGCGCUCCCCAUCAGAUGCGGGCCGCAGCAGUGGUGAUGAGUCCAAAAAGCCCCUGCCCAGCAGCUCCAGAAUGCCCACUGCCAAUGCCAACAACUUUGGGUUCAAGAAGCAGAGUGGCUCAGCUGCCGGGUUGGCCAUGAUCACAGCCAGUGGGGCCACUGUCACCAGCAGAUCAGCCACACUGGGCAAAAUCCCAAAGUCAUCAGCUCUUGCUGGCCGGUCAACAGGCCGGAAGACAAGCAUGGAUGGAGCUCAGAACCAGGACGAUGGGUAUCUGUCUCUCAGCUCCCGGACUAAUUUACAGUACCGGAGUUUGCCAAGGCCCAGUAAGUCCAACAGCCGGAAUGGGGCUGGUAACAGGUCUAGCACCAGCAGCAUAGAUUCCAACAUCAGCAGCAAGUCAGCGGGCCUGCCAGUGCCCAAGCUGAGGGAGCCUUCCAGAACAGCCCUAGGUAGCUCUUUGCCAGGGCUGGUCAACCAGACAGAUAAGGAAAAAGGCAUCUCGUCAGACAAUGAGAGUGUCGCUUCCUGUAACUCAGUGAAAGUGAACCCAGCCACCCAACCUGGGUCCACCUCAGCUCAGGCCACGCUCCAGCCAGGAGCCAAGUACCCAGAUGUGGCCUCUCCCACGCUCCGCAGACUCUUUGGUGGAAAGCCUACCAAGCAAGUGCCCAUCGCCACAGCCGAAAACAUGAAAAAUUCAGUGGUCAUCUCCAACCCUCAUGCCACCAUGACCCAGCAAGGUAACUUAGAGUCCCCCUCGGGCAGUGGCGUCCUGAGCAGUGGCAGCAGCAGUCCUCUCUACAGUAAGAAUAUGGACCUCAACCAGUCUCCUCUAGCCUCCAGCCCCAGCUCAGCCCAUUCGGGCCCUUCCAACAGUCUUACCUGGGGCACCACUGCCAGCAGCUCGUCAGCAGUGAGCAGGGACGGCUUGGGAUUCCAGUCUGUUAGCAGCCUGCACACCAGCUGUGAGUCCAUUGACAUCUCCCUCGGGAGUGGAGGGGGCCUGAGUCACAAUUCCUCCACUGGCCUGAUCACCUCCUCCAAGGAAGACUCCCUGACGCCCUUUGUCCGAACCAACAGUGUGAAGACCACACUGUCGGAAAGCCCUCUCUCUUCCCCUGCUGCUAGUCCUAAGUUCUGCAGAAGUACUCUGCCCAGGAAACAGGACAGUGACCCGCACCUUGAUAGGAACACUUUGCCUAAGAAAGGACUCAGGUAUACCCCCACCUCCCAGCUUCGCACGCAGGAAGACGCAAAAGAAUGGUUACGCUCCCACUCUGCUGGAGGCCUCCAGGACACCGCUGCCAACUCUCCUUUUUCCUCUGGCUCCAGUGUAACUUCUCCCUCUGGAACAAGGUUCAACUUUUCCCAGCUUGCGAGUCCCACCACUGUCACUCAGAUGAGCUUGUCCAACCCAACCAUGCUGAGGACUCACAGCCUGUCCAAUGCUGAUGGGCAGUAUGAUCCCUACACCGACAGCCGCUUCCGGAAUAGCUCCAUGUCUCUGGAUGAGAAGAGCAGAACCAUGAGUCGAUCAGGCUCAUUCCGGGAUGGAUUUGAAGAAGUUCACGGAUCCUCCCUCUCCUUGGUUUCCAGUACAUCAUCCAUUUAUUCUACACCAGAAGAAAAAUGUCAAUCAGAGAUUCGAAAACUGCGGCGGGAACUGGAUGCCUCUCAGGAGAAGGUUUCAGCAUUGACCACCCAGCUAACAGCAAAUGCUCACCUUGUCGCGGCUUUUGAACAGAGUCUUGGAAACAUGACCAUCAGGCUCCAGAGUUUGACCAUGACUGCUGAGCAGAAGGAUUCAGAACUGAAUGAGUUAAGAAAAACCAUCGAGCUGCUAAAGAAACAGAAUGCAGCUGCUCAGGCUGCCAUUAAUGGAGUAAUUAACACUCCAGAGCUCAACUGCAAAGGAAAUGGCACCACCCAAUCUACAGACCUCCGCAUCCGAAGGCAGCACUCCUCCGACAGUGUCUCCAGCAUCAACAGCGCCACCAGCCAUUCCAGUGUGGGCAGCAACAUAGAGAGUGACUCAAAGAAAAAGAAGAGGAAGAACUGGUUACGCAGCUCCUUCAAGCAAGCCUUUGGGAAGAAGAAGUCCCCCAAGUCGGCAUCCUCUCAUUCAGACAUUGAGGAGAUGACAGAUUCUUCUUUGCCUUCCUCACCAAAGCUCCCACACAAUGGGUCCACUGGCUCCACUCCACUGCUGCGGAAUUCUCACUCCAACUCUCUAAUUUCGGAGUGCAUGGAUAGUGAAGCCGAGACGGUCAUGCAGCUGCGAAAUGAGCUGAGAGACAAGGAGAUGAAGCUGACAGACAUCCGUCUGGAAGCCCUCAGCUCUGCCCACCAGCUGGACCAGCUCCGGGAGGCCAUGAACAGGAUGCAGAGUGAAAUAGAGAAGCUGAAAGCUGAGAAUGACCGGCUGAAAUCAGAGUCUCAAGGCAGUGGCUGCAGCCGGGCCCCCUCCCAGGUGUCCAUCUCUGCAUCUCCAAGGCAGUCCAUGGGUCUGUCCCAGCACAGCCUGAACCUCACCGAGUCAUCCAGCCUGGACAUGUUGCUGGAUGACACUGGUGAAUGCUCGGCUCGGAAGGAAGGAGGCAGGCAUGUUAAGAUAGUUGUCAGCUUUCAGGAGGAAAUGAAAUGGAAGGAGGAUUCCAGACCACACCUCUUUCUUAUUGGCUGCAUUGGAGUUAGUGGCAAGACGAAGUGGGAUGUGCUCGAUGGGGUGGUUAGACGUCUCUUCAAAGAAUACAUCAUUCACGUUGACCCUGUGAGUCAGCUGGGGCUGAAUUCGGACAGUGUUCUUGGCUAUAGCAUUGGGGAGAUAAAGCGCAGCAACACUUCCGAGACCCCUGAGCUCCUGCCUUGCGGCUACCUGGUGGGAGAGAACACCACCAUCUCCGUGACUGUCAAAGGGCUUGCAGAGAACAGCUUGGACUCCCUAGUGUUUGAGUCCUUGAUCCCCAAGCCCAUCCUGCAGCGCUACGUCUCCCUGCUGAUAGAACACCGGCGCAUCAUUCUCUCCGGCCCCAGUGGUACUGGGAAAACCUACCUGGCCAACCGACUGUCCGAGUAUGUGGUGCUUCGAGAGGGACGGGAGUUGACGGAUGGAGUCAUCGCCACCUUUAACGUGGAUCAUAAGUCCAGCAAGGAACUGCGCCAGUACCUGUCCAACCUUGCUGAUCAGUGCAACAGUGAGAACAAUGCUGUGGACAUGCCCCUUGUCAUCAUCCUGGAUAACCUCCAUCAUGUCAGCUCUCUGGGCGAGAUCUUCAAUGGGCUGCUCAACUGCAAGUACCAUAAAUGCCCUUACAUCAUUGGCACAAUGAACCAGGCUACCUCUUCUACUCCCAACUUGCAGCUUCAUCAUAACUUCAGGUGGGUGCUUUGUGCCAACCACACGGAGCCUGUGAAGGGUUUCCUUGGCCGGUUCCUGAGGAGGAAGCUUAUGGAGACAGAGAUCAGUGGGUGGGUGCGGAACACGGAGCUGGUAAAGAUCAUCGACUGGAUUCCCAAGGUCUGGCAUCACCUCAACCGCUUCCUGGAGGCUCACAGCUCCUCAGACGUCACCAUUGGCCCUCGACUGUUCCUAUCAUGCCCCAUCGACGUGGAUGGCUCAAGAGUAUGGUUCACCGACUUGUGGAACUACUCCAUUAUCCCCUAUCUGCUGGAAGCUGUCAGAGAAGGACUCCAGCUCUAUGGAAGGCGUGCCCCCUGGGAGGAUCCUGCCAAGUGGGUGAUGGACACCUACCCAUGGGCAGCCAGCCCACAGCAGCACGAGUGGCCUCCCCUACUGCAGCUGCGGCCUGAGGAUGUCGGCUUUGAUGGCUACUCCAUGCCUCGGGAGGGGUCAACAAGCAAGCAGGUGCCCCCCAGCGAUGCUGAAGGAGACCCACUGAUGAACAUGCUGAUGAGACUGCAGGAGGCAGCCAACUACUCUAGCCCCCAGAGCUAUGACAGCGACUCCAACAGUAACAGCCAUCACGAUGACAUCCUGGACUCAUCCUUGGAGUCCACUCUGUGACAGAGGCCCAGCCAUCGAGCUUGCCUGCCUCUUCUCCUCACCCCAUUCCACAUGCAUCCUCCACCUCAUCCAGAAGAUAACUUCCUGAGCCAGCUCCCAGCCACUGUAGCCUCCGAGCUGCAGGAAUUCCAAGACCCCUCAUCCCUCAGCCUCUGCCUGGGUGCCUGCAUCCUAGGCCAGCCACCUGGGGAGCACUUCUUCCACAGUGAGAACUGCACUAGCUCCCAUUUUACUUUAGUUAUUAUUUUGCCUUGUUGCUAUGACCUCCCUAAGCACUGACGAUACUUCUCGGGAAAGGAUCAUCACCGUUGAAAUGAAAAGAAUUAAAUGAAAUUGUUUUAAAAAAAAAAAAAAAAACAAAAAACAACCCAC